CUGCGGUCUGUGAACUUCUCUGACCGCAAAACAAGCGAGAAACUCCCUCACCGCGCUCGGAUUUUACAAAAGUGGGAGACUGUACAGUCACUUUUGACCUGCGGGUGGGCUUUACUGCAAUUUCAGAACCAGUCGCGCGCCCUUUUCUGUUAUUAAACGCGAGCGUUUGCGGUGGUUUGGAGCGCGUCCUGUUUGCACAGAGAUCAGGCUGCGGGAAAGGCGAGGGGACAGAGAGAUGACCGCCGAGAAAGAGAAGAAGAGGUGCAGCUCAGAGCGGCGUAAGGAGAAAUCUCGAGACGCGGCGCGCUGCAGGCGGGGUAAGGAGACAGAGGUGUUUUAUGAGCUGGCCCGCCAGCUGCCUCUCCCACACAGUGUCAGCUCACAUCUGGAUAAAGCCUCCAUCAUGAGACUGGCCAUCAGCUACCUGCAGACACGCAAACUCCUCACCUCAGCCUGUACCGCUGCCACAGAGACGACAGACGUAGACAGACUGAUGGACAGUUGGUAUCUGAAGUCACUGGGCGGCUUCAUUAGCGUGGUAACAUCAGACGGAGACAUGAUCUUCUUGUCAGAGAACAUCAACAAAUUCAUGGGUAUCACACAGGUGGAGCUCACAGGGCACAGCAUCUUUGAUUUCACUCACCCCUGUGACCACGACGAGAUCCGCGAGAACCUCAGCCUCAAAGCCAGCACUGGAAAGAAAGGCAAGGAGCUGAGCACAGAGAGGGAUUUCUUCAUGAGAAUGAAAUGCACAGUCACGAAUCGCGGGCGCACAGUCAACCUCAAGUCAGCCAGCUGGAAGGUGCUGCACUGCACAGGGCAACUGAAGGUGUGUAACGGCUGUCCCACACGAGUGCUGUGUGGAUUUAAAGAGCCACCACUCGCCUGUGUGGUCAUGAUGUGCGAGCCCAUUGCCCAUCCAUCAAACAUUGACACACCACUCGACAGCAAGACCUUCCUGAGUCGCCACAGUAUGGACAUGAAGUUUACUUACUGCGAUGACAGAGUCACUGAGUUGGUGGGUUACAGUCCUGAAGAUCUUCUGGGCCGAUCGGCGUAUGAGUUCUAUCAUGCUCUGGACUCCGAAAGCGUCACCAAAAGCCACCAGAACCUGUGCACUAAAGGCCAGGCGGUGAGCGCUCAGUACAGGAUGUUGGCUAAGACCGGGGGCUAUGUGUGGGUGGAGACCCAGGGUACCGUCAUCUACAACAGUCGCAACUCCCAGCCCCAGUGCAUUGUGUGCGUGAACUACGUGCUGAGUGACGUCGAGGAGAAGUCCAUGAUCUUCUCUACGGACCAGACUGAGUCUCUGUUCAAGCCUCAGCACUUGAACCGUUUCUUCAGUCCAUGCAAAGGUGGCUUGGACAGCGAGCCAGGAGAAAUGCUCUUCACCAAACUCAAAGAGGAGCCUGAAGAUCUCACCCAGCUGGCACCUACACCUGGUGACACCAUCAUCUCUCUUGACUUUGGUAACUCCCAGUAUGAGAAGCACCCGAUGUACAGUAAAGUGUCUGCUGUCUCUCACUCUGUUCAUGAUUGCCACAAGACGAGUUAUGCUGGAGACAUUGCCAAGAUGGCCGCCACUUUCUCUGUGCCUCAGGCUUCGCCUCCCAGCAGCUCAACUCCCAGCCUCAGCAGCUGCUCUACGCCCAGCAGCCCUGAUGAUUACUACACCUCAGUGGACAAUGACCUGAAGGUGGAGCUGACUGAGAAACUAUUUUCCUUGGACACACAAGAGACAAAGACUUCCUGCAACCAAGAGACUGACUUGAGUGAUCUGGACUUGGAGACUCUGGCUCCCUACAUCCCCAUGGAUGGUGAGGACUUCCAGCUCAAUCCCAUCUGCCCGGAGGAGCCGUCAUCUGAGAUCGGGGCCCUGGGAACCAACCAGCAGAGCUUCAGCAACAUCACAAGCCUCUUCCAGCCCUUGAGUUCCCCUUCAGCAGCCCACUUCCAGCCCAACAUGAGUUCAGGAGGGGACAAGCAGAGCGUCAGUGGAGGCUCUGUGGAGUCCUGGCCAUCUGUACCCUACAGCAGGGGCCCCAUACAGAUGCCUCCCUACCAUGAUCCCGCCAGCACCCCGCUGUCCUCUAUGGGAGGCCGUCAGAAACUACAGUGGCCGCCUGAUCCUCCGUUACACAGCAAGGCUGGGAUGAUGGAUCCUUUAGCUGCAAAACGCUCUUGCCAAACUGUGCCAGCAAAUCGAAUGGCAUCUUAUUUGCAAAGGCCCAUGGAGAACUUUGUGCUGAACUACAGAGAUAUAAGUCCAGCUCGACUUGCUCUCGCUAACAAUUUCAAGCGUUCGUUCACACAGAUGACAAUGAGUGAGACGUCCUCCACAAAAUCACAACACCCAAUGUGGAAGAGACUUCGAAAUGAGAGCUGUGCCGUCAUGGACAGGAAAUCACUCAGCACUAGCGCUUUGUCAGACAAAGACAUGGCCCACGAUGGAGGCAUGGACCACCAGCACAGGAAGACCCAGUAUUCGGGGAAUCAGUGCUGUAACUUCAGACAGUUCAACAUGCAGCCUUCCUCUAAAAUGAAUGGAAUCGCGAGUCGUCUCAUAGGGCCCUCCUUCGAGACCUACUCUCUGCCUGAACUGACGCGUUACGACUGCGAGGUCAACGUCCCGUUGCAAGGCAGUCUUCAUUUGCUGCAGGGCAGUGACCUCCUAAGAGCAUUAGACCAGGCCACUUAGACCGGUUUCACCACAGAAAUGCAGUCCCACUUCCCCCUGACCCUAACGCUCAUCUCAUAGCCACCAUCCUGACAAUAAGCAUCCCAGCUUCGGCACAUCCCACAAACCCCCUCUCAUAGUCAUAUCUACCUGAGAGCAUACAUGACAAAUGUAGCUUUGAUUCUAUUUUUAUUGUCUACAUCUUCAUAAAUUAUAUACAUGUACUAUUUUUUUAGUUAAAAGAACGUUUCUGCAUGAAUUUAAGUGUUUUGGAGGAGUUUAAAUGUUGCGUUGUGUUUCUCUGCUUGUCAGAUCGUUUCAGCAAAGCUGUUUUCUGCAUAUUCUCCUAUUUUUCUCUAUCAAUGUCAAACGAGAAAAAAAGGAAGAAGAAAAAAAACUACUGUAAGCUACUUGUUUUGAAAUGUUCUAAUUUCUUUCAUUUGAUCUAACUUUCCUACCUCUGACACAUCACUAAAGACCCCAUGAAAUCAAAAGGGCCAGUUUUGAGCUCAUCUGUAUGCUGAUGCAGCGGUUCCCAAGCUGUGUGUAGUUCAGUUGUGUGCUUUAUUAACAAUAUUAACAAGAGCCCAUCUUCAUACACAUGCUGCUGUCUCUCCACUCGCACAAACACAUUCGCUCUGAGUCCAGAGUUGCCAGAUUUCACAAAAAUCUACCUGGUAUAAUAUAAAACUAGCUAAAGUCUGCAGGACACCGGCCCUGCAGAACCAAGUUUGGAGACUCCUGAUACAGUGACCCUAGUUACUGUGCUUUAGGGAUAUAGUGUUCUAUGAUAUAUAAGAAUUAAAUACAAUUCAAUUCUACUAAAUUCAGUAAUGUAUAAGGUAAGAUAUUCAGUUUAUAAUGAAUAGAAUAGUCUAUAUAAAAUACAAUAAAAUUACAUUGCACACAAAUUAGUUUUCGUGAUUUUUUAAAAUGUAAUUAUGCAUUGUUUAAUUACACGUAUGCUGGCAACCACUGUGCUAGUGUACUCCUCAAAGUUAACCAAAUUUGUCCCACACUUUAAAAUGUUAUCAUUUUAAAAUAUUUCAUGUUUUAAUAUUUGUUAAAUCAAUUUCUGGGAUGAAAAUGUCCUCCUCUCUGCAGUCAUUAUAGUCAUCCUUUAAUAUUUUCACCAGGAAAUAGGAAAAUAAAGGACAGAAAACUGCUGGCGAGCCGUUUCAUGGGGUCUUUAUGCCUUAUCCUCACUGACCACUUUCAGUGUUCGUUUUUUUGUGUGCCUUUCUUUGUUCGAUUAGUGGAAAUACUAUAUUUCUCUGAUCUAUGUUUAUUGCCUUAUUGUGGAGACCACUUUAAAAACCUAUAUUUUUGUCUAUUUAGCUGUAAACAUACAUAUUUAAAGGAAGAUGCUCUAAGAUUUCUACAAUAGAUUUCUACUUUGAUGAUAAAGUUAAGCAUUUAUUUGUCCUGGUACUUUGUCUUGUCUACUCAGUAGAUGUGAAUCAGAGUCCUUAUCAAGGCUGCAGUGCUGGUGUCCUGUGCUCUUUCUUGGUGACUUUUUUGUUUUCUGCAUUUUUUUCUAUGCAUUCAAAAAUGCAUAUUACGAUUAUUGGCAGGCCAGUACAGUUGGUUCAAUUUUUUAUUUUUAUUUUUAUUUUUUUUUUAAUAAAACAAAUGAGUUUUAGACAUGUUAUGUAGCAUAUUGGAUCCUUAAAAUGAGUUUAAUUUUAGUGAUUUCUUGCAUUGUUUAAAGAUGGUGCUUCAUGCCGCCUGACCAUAUGAAUACCCAUAUGAAUAUAAUAACAUUAGCUCUUUUUAUUUUAAGUUCCCUGACUGAGGUUGUCUUUAAAGUUGAAUCAUAAAGCAUCUAAAUUAUUUCUUAAGGCUAUUAGUUAUGACUGUGGCAAUAUGUAGUAAUGGAGCGAGAACUGUGCAUGAUGAUGAUGACUCUUCUGCUUCAAAACAUAUUCGCUCUUUAGAUCUUCUGUUAAAUUUGAAUGUAAAUCUAAACCCCUAGUGAUAAAAAUAAACAGAA